AUGACCGCAAACUGUGUGCGCGUAGGUUGCUCGAUCACCAGGCAGUCAGACAACCCAGCCGAAGACGACGGGAAGUGCCGUCCGGUACGAAGCAGCCACCUCCCUCACCUCACACUGCCCGCACGGCAUUGCAUCGUGAUUAUGGCACGGCGGCACAGCAUGACCCAUAGAACUUGCUUCAUGAGCCGUAUGGUAGUGCAUCUCAGGUAA